UCGGGAGGCUCGGGCGGCCGCGGGGCGGGGCGGGGCACGGCGCCGAGCGGCUCUGACUGCGUUCGCUAGUCCGACGGCCAAGGGUGGGCGCAGGUCCCUGAAGGCGCACCGCUGCACAGCAGACAAAAAGAAACUUUGGGGCCCCCGGAGUGCCGGCUGGCGGGGCGUUCGGUUGGCUUUUCGUGCUUGGUCUCGAGGCUCCGCCGCUCCAGGAAGCGCGAUGUCGAAGCCGCCACCCAAACCGGUCAAACCAGGGCAAGUUAAAGUGUUCAGAGCUCUUUAUACAUUUGAACCCAGAACUCCAGAUGAAUUGUACUUCGAGGAGGGUGAUAUUAUCUACAUUACUGACAUGAGUGAUACCAAUUGGUGGAAAGGCACCUCCAAAGGCAAGACUGGACUAAUCCCAAGCAACUAUGUGGCCGAGCAGGCAGAAUCCAUUGACAAUCCAUUGCACGAAGCUGCAAAAAGAGGCAACUUGAGCUGGUUAAGAGAGUGUUUGGACAACCGAGUCGGUGUGAAUGGCUUAGACAAAGCUGGAAGCACUGCCCUGUACUGGGCCUGCCACGGGGGCCACAAAGAUAUAGUGGAGAUGCUGUUUACUCAACCAAACAUUGAACUGAACCAACAGAACAAGUUGGGAGACACAGCUUUGCACGCCGCUGCCUGGAAAGGUUAUGCAGAUAUUGUCCACUUGCUUCUGGAAAAAGGUGCAAGAACAGACUUGAGAAACAACGAGAAGAAGCUGGCCCUGGAUAUGGCCACCAACGCGGCCUGUGCGUCUCUCCUGAAAAAGAAACAGGGAACAGAUGCUGUUCGAACAUUAAGCAAUGCCGAGGAGUAUCUUGAUGACGAAGACUCAGAUUAAUUCCCUUCUGGAGCUUUGAGAUCUAAAACUUGUGUUCCUUUUGCCAUUCCAAAACCCUCGUCUUUGCCAGAAGAGUGUUGGUAACCGGUUUUUGGUUUUUGGUUUUUUUUGGUUUGGGUUUUUUUGUUUUUGUUUUUGUUUUUGUUUUUUGAAGUCUAUAUGAACAUGGAAGUCUUGCACUGUGUUUGAGUAGAACAUGUAAAUGGGUAGGUUCUCACCUUCAGUUUGCCAAUAAGUGACUGGAUAUUUUGCUGUAUAAAGUACAUUUUUGUUCACCAGAGUAGAACAAGAAGAGAUUAUUUCUAUUUAUCAAGCUAAAGGAAUUUUAAGAAUUUUCUUCUUUAAAAAAAAAGAUCAGUUCUUUUUUUGUUUUUUUUGUUUUGUUUUGUUUUUUUAGUUAAAGUUCUUUACCUCAAGGAUUAAAAUAUUUUGAGUGGGUUUUUCAAGGGGAAAAAUGCUUGUUAUAAGUAAUGAACCAAAAGACUUAACAGAAAAUCGUCAGCUAUUCUGACAAAAAUAAACAUUUGAAGAGACUGG